AUGAUGUUUGUGUCUUGGUCAGAUCAGAACAACAUUCUCAUCUACCGGACGUUUGAAAACUUUAAGAGAUUCCAUAAAGAGCUGAAGAGAAAAUUCCCCAUUGAGAGUGGGUCCCUCAGGAGAUCUGACCGGACAAUACCCAGGUUCAAAGAUGUGAUUGUGAAGCAGAGGAUGAGUGGGAAACUGAACAAGUACCUGGAGAUACUGAAACUGCUGGAAACUUACUCCCAGGAGCUGCUGAAAACAGAUGCUAAAAUCUCCCAGGGUGAAGAUGUGGUUCAGUUUUUCAAGGCACAGACCCAAGACCUAGACCCCUCCUUUCCUGAAAACAGUGUUGUGAUCAUGCCAUCAGAAAUGGGAGGGGAGAAGAAAAGCCAGUCCCAGCAGCCGCUCUCCUGCAUUACCCACCCCCAGGCCUCCCAGAGCUACCGCUGCAUCGAGACCUUCGAAACCAAAGACACAAAGAACAAGACCUUCAAAGUCACUGAGAAGGAAAUUGUGGAAGUGUUAAUCAAGGACAUGACUGGAUGGUGGCUAGUGGAAAAUGCAGACAAGCAGAUUGCCUGGUUCCCAGCCUCAUACCUGGAAGAGAUUGAUGCCCACAAGGAUAUCCCGAGUGUCCUGAGCUCAAAGGAGGAGGGCAGCCUGUACUUCGUGGGGCGGCCCUACGAGGCUCAGAAGGCGGAUGAGCUCUCACUGAACCCGGGCAUGGUGGUGGAGGUGGUCAGGAGAUCUGAGGAUGGCUGGUGGCUGGUCAGGUACAACGGCCGUACAGGCUACAUGCCCUCCAUAUGCCUCCAGCCCUACAAGAACCCUCACCACAAGCUCCAGACCAUCAUGACCUGCGGGCUCAACAUCUCCACCCCAAACCUCUGCUCCCCCCUGGCAGCUCCCCAGCCCCGGGGUGAGGCUGUGGGGCAGGACAGGGUGCAGGCUGGCUUGUCCCUUCACCGGACAGAAGAGGAUAUGGGCUCUGUGAGGAGCAGAUCCAGGUCUCUGCCCAGGGCCACCUCCACCCCAGACCUGGAGUCAGACAGCUCGUCCCUCAGCCUGGGGGGCAGCAGCGAGCGGGGCAGCCGGCUGAGCUGGAAGCCGGACUUGUCGAGGUCUCUGCCUGAAGUGGAGCAGCCCAGGAGCCCUCCCCUGGGCCAUGCCUCAGCCACGCACAGCAGCAAAGCUCCACGUCUCAGCCACAAGGACAGGAACGACUCUGGCUUCAUGGAGUCAUCAGCAGCCGAUUUGAGUUGCUCCCUCACUGACCCAGACUUGGCUGCUUGUCUCCCCAAGGUGCCUGUGCGCCCCUCGGCACACGAGAUCCUCCAGAAGUGCAGCACUGUCACCAGGAGAGCAGUGCAGCAGUCCUCCCGGCCAGCCCUCCAGGCUCUGCUCCCUUCCCAGAGCGUGCACUAG